AUGUACCGCCUGCUCCUCCCCUCAGCCUGCUCCCUCCUCCUGGGGGUGGCCCGAGGGAUAAACUUCGCCUUCGAGUCGACGCAGCUCGAGACGAGCGACAUCGCGGACUUUCCCGCCGUCGACUUCGGCAACAGGUCCCGGCCGCUCCACCACCAUGAAGCUGAGUGCCGGGCUUUCCCCGGUAGUGAUGACUGGCCCGACGAGCACGACUGGAACCGGCUCAACAAGACCAUGGGGGGCGCGCUGCUCAAGCCGCUGCCUCUGGGCAUGGCGUGCUACCCAGGGCCGCACUACGACGAGAAGACGUGCAGGUACCUGCUCAGCCCUUCUGCCUCGGUCUCACACUUCUACCUCGACGACCCCCUCACCGUCCUGACGCAGUGGACCGAGGGCGGCACGUGCAUGGCCUCCCUCAAGCCCACGGGGAACUGCACCCAGGGUGGCUUCCCCGUCUACGUCGCCAACGUGACCACGGUCAAGCAGGUCCAGGCAGCUGUGAACUUCGCGAGGAACAAGAAUAUCAGGCUGGUCAUCAAGAACACGGGCCACGACUUCGGCGGCAGGUCGGUUGGCGCAGGAUCUCUCAGUGUGUGGACGCACCACCUGAAGGACUUUGAGUUCAUCUCCAACUAUACCAAGGGGCGGUACAAGGGGAUGGCGGUCCGCUACGGGUCCGGCCUGGAGACGUGGGAGCUCUUCAACCACAUGGCGGCCAACAACAUCACCAUGGUCGCCGCCGGCGUUGGCACAGUCGGGGCCAACGGGGGUUGGUUCGGCUACGGGGGCCACGGAAACCUCGUCUCGUACUACGGCCUGGGCUCGGACCAGGCCCUGUCCAUCGAGGUUGUGACCGCCGACGGGAGGCUCGUGACUGCCGAUCCGUACAACAAUAGAGAUCUGUUCUUUGCCCUUCGCGGUGGUGGCGGAAGCACCUUCGGGAUCAUCACCUCGGUCGUCAUGAAGGCAUAUCCUCCGGUAAACAUCACCUCGACGUCCCUAAACUUCCAAGUGGCCGCUCCCAGGCCCGCGUUCAACCUGACCGGCUCCUGGAACGCCACCCUACCGAACGGGACCGUCGUCCCCAUCACCCUCCCCCCGCGGCCCUUCGCCGGCUCCCUCGACAGCGCCGACACCUUCUGGAAUGGCGUGAGCAUCUACCUCCGGUUCAGCCGCAAGAUCGUUGACGCGGGGGGCCUGAGCUUCAACUACGUGUACCCGCAGGGCAACAACACCUUCAGUUUCACCGCCUCGUCGACCUUCCCCAACAAGACCGCCGACGAGGUCGUCGCCCUCAUGGCGCCCCUCUACGCCUCCCUCAACGCCGCCGGCAUCCCCGCCACAAACCCGACCCGCCUGUCCCCUUCCCCCUUCGGCAGGCCGCGCGAGAAGCCCGGCGCCGCGCCCGGAAACGCGCGCUACCGCUCUCGCUUCUUCCCGCGCGGCCACUGGGACGACGACGAGCUGUGGAACAAGACCAUGGCGUCCAUCCGCGGGGCCGUCGAGGCGGGGUACAACUUCCACGGCAACUGCCAGGGGCCCAGCAAGGAGGUUGCGGGUUGGCCCGGCGCCGACUCGGCCGUCAACCCUGCGUGGCGGCGCGCGGCGAUGCACGCCAUGCUGAUGACGACGCAGCCGACGGGGCUGACGGCCGCGGAGGCGACGGCGGAGGACGAGCGCAUCAAGGAGUACAUGGACGUGUGGCGCGAGCUGACGCCUGGGUCGGGGUCGUACAUGAAUGAGGGGGAUCCCGGCGAGCCGGACUGGCAGGCGACGUACUUUGGGCACAACUACCCGCGGCUGCUGGACAUCAAGCGGGAUACGGAUCCGUGGGGGGUGUUCUGGGCGCCUACGACGGUCGGGAGCGAGGACUGGGAGGUGCGUGUCGUGGAUGGGUAUCCGAACUCGCAGAACGGGAGGCUGUGUCCCACCAACUCCGCAACCACAAGGAUAGUCCUCUUCCCCGCCGCCGCCGCCGUCGUCGUCCCCGUCCCCGCCCCAUCCUUUUCGGCACCCGCAUCUCCACCCGCACCCGGGGGCGCGAGCCCAGCGGCGAACUUUGCCCUCGCGUCGGCCGACUCGCCGCCGGGGUACAUGAGGCGCGACAUGACGUUUGGGCCGAAGGCGGCGAAGUGGAUGUCCACGGCGGCGGCGACGUCGGCCGCGGUGGUGGCCUCGCGGAUGCGGAUGCGGGUGCGGGUGCGGGUGCGGCAGGGCCGGGUGCUGGUGGUGCUGCCGUAG